AUGUUUAAGUCAGUAACUGCAACAGAUCUACCAAGCAAUGCCCCUCAAUCACCACCAGCAUCUUCAGUGGUGAAUAAUAAUUCGUCAAAUAAUAAUAAUAAUAGCACAUCAUCUGCCACCAGAGUACCUGCAGCUACAAAUAACGAUUUGAAUAUCCAACAACGGGUGGUGCUAAAGGAACAACGGUUAGAAGAUAUCAAAAACCAGUGUUCCGCUCUCAUCAGCGAGUUAGAGUGAGUAAAUUUUAGAGGUGCAGAAAAAAUUGUAAACAGACAUACUAACAUAUUCCAGCACAAACCAGGAUCCAGAAGCCAUAGUGAAGAAGCACAUUUCGCAAUUGAAGAAGUACAAUGAGUUGAAGGAUAUUGCACUUGGAUUGGUCACGAUGAUUGCCGACCAAAGACAGCUCAGAACCACUGACAUCUUAGAAGAAAUGAAGGUUGAACUAGCGGAUGAAUAG